UAGGGAGGGAGGCUGCAGGAGGACCACCAACAUCAGCACCGUGCAGGGAGGAGAGAGCGCCGGCCGUCCCCUUCCUCACAGACGCCGUAUCCCCGACGCCCACUCACGUCCGGACCGGAGCCUCUGGAGGCGGCUGGGCUCGGGAUGAAACCGCCCGCCGGUGCCGCUGCGGACGAGGAUUCAGGACGACGCGCUGCCCGGUGAAACGGCGACGUUGCGUCAGACCCGCCCCGUUACGACCGGGGUUCGCGAGUGAAUCCGGGGCUUCGGCCGCGCUGUCUGUCUGCUGUCAGCUGUUGCUUUAAUUCCACUGUAAAUGAAUCUUAUCAGGUUUAUGAACAACCGCGUUCCUCCUAACAAGAGAUACCAGCCCACAGAAUACGAGCAUGCUGCCAACUGUGCCACGCAUGCGUUAUGGAUAAUCCCCAGCCUGCUGGGCAGCUCCUUGUUGCACUUCCAGUCGGAGGACCAAUGGGAGCGGCUGUCGGCCUGGGUGUACGGGGCGGGGCUCAGCUCGCUCUUCAUCAUCUCCACCCUCUUCCACACCGUGGCCUGGAAGAAGAGCCACCUGCGGUCUGUGGAGCACUGCUUCCACAUGUGUGACAGGAUGGUGAUCUAUUUCUUCAUCGCUGCCUCCUACGCCCCUUGGCUGAACCUGCGCGAGCUGGGUCCCUGGGGGUGUCACAUGCGCUGGCUGGUCUGGGUCAUGGCCUCUUUCGGUACCACCUACGUUUUCUUCUUCCACGAGAGGUAUAAGAUCACAGAGUUGAUCUGCUACACGGUGAUGGGAGUCUUCCCCGCCCUGGUCAUCCUCUCAAUGCCGGAGCAGUCGGGGCUGUGCGAGCUGCUGGUGGGCGGAGCCUGCUACUGCCUGGGCAUCGUCUUCUUCAAAAGCGACGGCAUCGUCCCCUUCGCCCACGCCAUCUGGCACCUGUUUGUGGCCAUGGGAGCGGCCGUUCACUACUACGCCAUCUGGAAGUACCUCUACGCCCAGCCGGCCAAUCAGAUCGAGACGUCCAGAUGACAUCAGGGCUGACCUCACGGGGGG